GGGGAGGCGGCUCGGCCGGCGGGGCUCGGCUCGGCCCGGUUCCAUUGGCCACUGGCUCCGCAGCGCCGUGCCUUCUGCUGCGCGCUUUGGAGAGGAGGCGCGGCCUGCGCUGGCCCGCCAGCCCGGGACUCUUCCUCGAUCCCCGUCCUUCCUGAUCCUGCCCUUGGCGCCCCGGGGCAGCCGGCCAUGGGAUCGCCGGCCGAGGAGCCUCCGCCGCCGGACCUUUACCGUGACACGUGGGUGCGCUACCUGGGUUACGCCAACGAGGUCGGGGAGUCUUUCCGGGCCAUCGUACCCGUCUCGUUGGUCUGGGCCAGCUACGGAGUAGCAACUGCCUACGUGGCGGCCGACGCAAUCGACAAGGGCAAGAAGGCGGCUGCUGCGAAGGCCGUGGACGAAGGGAGGAGCAAGCAUGCCGCAGUGGCGGUCGUGGACACAUUUAUAUGGCAGGCUCUGGCUUCUGUGGCCAUUCCUGGCUUCACCAUUAACCGCAUCUGCGCAGGGUCACUCUACCUCAUGGCCAGCAUGACGCACUGGCCUCUCUCGGUCAGGAAGUGGGCCACCACCGCCGUGGGACUUUCGGCCAUUCCUUUCAUCAUCAAACCCAUCGACAGGUCAGUGGAUUUCUUGAUGGACUCCAGUCUCCGCAAACUCUACAAGACAGAAGAGUAAGAGGAAGUCCUCCUUCCCCUGGCCUACCAGAGCCUCCGAUAGCAAAACCAGGCUAUCAUCCACCCUCAAAGCCACUACCUCUUUCUCUCUGGUCUCCAUGUUAUCCAGACUUUUAAAAUAUUGAAAUCCA